UAGAGCCCAAAUCCGGGCCAUAUGGGCGAAAAAGCUUAUCCAUGCCCGACCUAAAACAGGCCGAACUGGGCCAGCCGAUCGGACUACAUGGGCCUGGAGCCCCAAGUAAAAUAGUUGUAAUUCACCUUUUUUAGGCAGAAGAACAUCCUUUUUUUAAGGUUUAAAUGUUUCAUAACCACCCAGGCAAAAAUCAUGUUCGCUCAACAAAUUGUGGUUAUUCACGUAAGUUCUCCCACCUACCAAAACCAAAGAAGAUAUCAUGAGAUUCUGAGGGGUAGUGAAGUAGGUGGGAACUUGGAUGCUGCAGAUUUAAUCUCCACAAAGCAUGCGUUAGGUUCAGGCGAUCUAACGGCCAAACAAAAAUGUAGGCAGAACCACACAAUCGCGGCCUCUUGCGGUAAGGAACUUAGUAGGAAGCCCACUCUGUCACGGAGCGAUCAGCAUUUCCACAUUCCACAAUAUCCACGUGUACCUUUGUCUUCUUCACAUGUCCUCGGAGAAGUGGGUCCAUUAAACAAGUGGUAACACUGUCACGGUAUAACCGUAGAACAGAUUUCUUUAAUUUUGAUGGGAUCAAUAUCCCCAAACCCCAAUUUCGUAAUAAAGGAAACUAUUGUUCUAUUCACACAUAAACUCUCUACCUCCGUUUGUGGCUCCUCCUACAGAACAGAAAACAUUCGGUGUGGUCAGAACUCAGAACUCAGAAUGGAAAUAUUAUAUAAAAUAGUGGGUAUCACUAAUCACGAUCACGGCUGGCUGCUGGCAUUCACAACGUCGGAGUUCAAGGGUGGAGCCCACUAGCUAGAAGCUCAGGUAAAGAUUCUAAAAUUUUUUCUGUUUUUUCCGCUCAAUCAAUAUCAACACCGUCGCCGUCUUCUUUUCUUUGGUUACGCUUUUGGAUAGAAGGGGAGUUCAAUUUGAGAACAGAGGACCAUUUUUCCAUUUAGGAAGCCGGAAUCCACCGUCGACGGGCCCAAAUUUGGAUAACCACUAGCUCUCCGCACACAGUCUUUCAUCCAUCCUUUUGCCUUAUCCUGGUGACCCAGAAGAUGCCCCUGCUAUGUCUUUAUCAGCUUCGAAUCAUAACAGCAUUACUAUAGCUUCAAAAUACUCUCUCUCUCUCUCUCUCUCUCUCUCUCCACUACACAUAAAAAAAAGAUCAAGAAGAAUCAUUAAAAAGGAAACAAAUACAGAUACAACCUUCCUUUUUCAGUUGGCUACUUGGAUUCUCUUCCCCUGCUUCUAAUUUGAAUUUUAACAUACAUGGAUUCUAGCCGUCAAAAAUAUUUAUUAUAAGAUCCUUCCUUCACCCUUGCAGAACCCAAAUUAAUCCGUAACACGGAGGAAAGGAAGAGAAAGUAUAUGUACCGAUUGAGACACAGUAGGUUAGAAAAGGUUCUCCUCUGCAGUCCCCAGUGGCCUAGAUAUCCAGUUCAAGAGAAAUGGUUUUGCUUCUUCUGAUUUCUUUUGUGAAUCUCCCCACCUGGCAUUGUGACCAAGUUCCGAUUGAAUUAGCCUAAAUUGGGUGGUGCUUCCUUUGACGGCUCGUUGGGGUUUCAAGAAGAAAGCCUGACUACAUCACCAUCAGAUAACAUAAUUACAGCCUUUCAAUCACAAAUCCUCCAUUCUUGUUACUUUGGAUUGGUAUGAAAUUAGUUAGGUUUAAGGGUUUAAGGGUUUUGAAUUCCAUUCUCUAAUCGUCUUCGAUCGAUCGGCUUUUUGUGCGGCACUGCUGAACCCGACUAGCUCUAUUAUUUCAAGGAUGAGACCUCAAUACCACCCACAUCGUCUCCUCCUACACGUGGAAUCCCGGGCACCACUGAUCAAUGGAAGCAGAUCGUCGCAUGGGUCUUACUCUUACACCAGUGAAGCAAACUUCGACACCAACAUGGUGAUCAUCCUAGCGGCCUUGCUAUGCACACUAAUAUUCGCUCUCGGAUUGAACUCCAUACUACGUUGUGCACUAAGAUGUGGCCGCCGAUUAGCCUUCGAGACACCGGACGAGACAGCUGCACGUUUAGCUGCAACUGGGCUUAAGAAGAAAGCAUUGCGCCAGAUUCCGGUAGCGGUGUAUGGAUCGGGAUCGGGGAAGAGUAUUCAGGCCACCGAGUGCCCAAUUUGUCUGGGAGACUUUGUGGACGGAGAUAAGAUACGUGUCUUGCCUGAAUGCAGCCAUGGGUUCCACGUCAAGUGCAUAGACACAUGGCUGGUGUCACACUCGUCCUGCCCUACUUGCCGGCAUUCAUUGCUGGACCGCCCAACAACAUCUGAUGCUCAAGAUGCCGAUGAACGAGUUAGGCCGCCGGAAGGCGGGUCCGGCCGACAGGGUGGCCUCAUAGUAGUCGUAGGCUUGUAGCGCAGCCGAGUUGAUGGUGUUGAUCGGACUUAUAUAUCCCAAUACUAUAUUUGGUACAGGUUUUUAUAUUAUUUUUUUAGUUGUUUUGGUUUUUAAUUUAAUUGAAAGCUAGCUUUAUGUAAAGAAUGUAAAAACAAAGAGCAACACGGCUUUGUAGUAUUAAUCACUGUAGUAUUUGCCACUUGUCCAAAGCUUAAAAGCUUAAUAGUGAAAACAAAACAAAAUGAAGGAUUUUUACCUAUGGAGGUGGGGUUA